UUGAAAUUAUUUCCAGAUAAUAAAAAAAAAAAUUAGAUAAUGUCAACUGAAGAAACACGCAAUAAUUCACACGUACUAAAAGUGAUUCCACGGAAAAAGAAAGAUCAGCCGCAAACUUUUCCGAGAUGCAGCUCGAUUUCUUCUUCCAAUACGGCGUCGUAUCAGCAUUAGUUACACUGGCAGCAAUCACCAGUCAAUCCGCCGGCCGGGACCUCCGUCCAUCGGACCACGGCCUAGCCUACCAGGGAAACACAUCUCCGCCUACUCAAAACAGCGACGGAUCGUUCUUCGGAUCGACGACGCCGUCUUCCCCAACACUGCCUGAGGCGCAGAGUACCGCCGGCGGAGAGAGAUCGCGCGACGUUCGCGGAGAUCUCACGAGGAUGGUGUUGCUGGUUGCGAGCGCGAUUUGCGGGGUGGCCGGCGUCGUUUUGCUGGUUGUGUCGGCGGUGGUUUUCAUCGUCCGGCGGCGGAAGCACAGGGCGGAAUUAGCAGAAAGAUUAGCGCCAGAUUUUGAGCUUCAUACAGUCAACGACAAGUAGCAGCUAGGUAAUUAUGAUUUAUUUUGUUAAUUAAUAUAAAUAUUGCUCUUAAUCAUUCUUUCUAAUUACUUAAAAUUAAAACGAUGAUAAUUCUGUCCAUGCACGUGCUUUGUUCCCACUCCCCACCACCACCACCACUCAAAUAAUAUAUAUCAAAUAUUUCAAUUCU